AUGCGGGAAGUAUGCAGUCUCAAGCCAGACGCCUGUCUGAAUCCGAAGGAGUUCGAGCCUGGCACUACACUUUGCGGAUACUGCGAAAAGAUGGACCCGAGCGUACUCAAGCUCAAUCUGGAUCUCAGCCGUCGGGUUGACAAAUCCAGCGAAGACCUAAUUGCGCAAAUGGCUCCAAAGGCGGAAGCAGCCAGGCAAGAUGCUAUGAAAGAAUCCAAACUUGUCUGCGCCAUGAGAAAUCCUAGGUUUUAUGGGCAAGAAUGGCGAACAAAGUUCCGACCUGAGACUGGGGAGCCAUGCGUAUUACUCGAUGCUCCUGGAGCCGAUGAAGGUCGUCUAUGUGCAACUUGCAUGGCCCACGAAAUUCCAAAAGAUUCCAAUUGGGCAAAAGAUUAUAUCUUGCGGCCCAGCGACACGAAGGGCAAACAUCCGUACGCCCGUAUCAGGUUUGAUUGCGUGUGGAAUCGCCCAAAACCAGCUGGCUUUGAAUACCCAGAUGGAGACUUCCGAAAGUGGUGGCACCUUAAACUUGGGUUCCUGGAUUGUAUCGACAAGAACACCUACACCAAGUUACCAAAUGCCAUGUGCGAAUGGCACAGAGUUGCGCUCUUAACCUGGGACGCUAAGGACUAUAACACUGGAAGGAAGUUCAAUGAACACUUUUGGACAGAUGGCAGACUCAAAGCCGACUAUCCCGACGAGGAGUUGGCUCCUACGGUGCCUGGCGGAAUCCCAUUCGACCAAUUGGAGGACUGCCAUUUUGAUGUUUUCGCGAAAACCGGGGAAGGCGUUCCCGGCUAA